AUGUCUCGUACAUUCGACACAACGUUCGAAUGUAAUACGAUGGCAUCAAUGAGAGAAUUUCAUGCAUUGUAAUCUAUGACGUAUGUAACGUUGUGCAAGUAGUGCAGUAUGUUGUGACGUCAUAAUUACCAUUUAAAACUUGUCGUACUUGGAAACGCUGCCUUAGAUAUUAUGGAUUAAUUCACCAACGGGAUUGUAAAUGCAAUGUAUAUUUUCAAUACUUAACUACUUAUCCUUGAUAUGUUAUUUAAAUCGUCGCAUCUAGAGUUAAACAAUUUUGAAUGAUUAACAUUGAUCUAAAUUUAAUUAAAGGAAUAAUGAAUUUUGAAAAAAUCGUUUAAGCCUAGAAUUGAAUUGAUGUUAUGUCACCUAUGGACACAACGCUUUUUUAUCUUCCUUACUCAAAUUAGCACUGUUGCGUGAUAAAAAUUCCAUGAAACCUGCAUGAAGUGGUGAAGAUAACGAACAUUAAUCAUUCCUAUAACUUCUAUAAAGAAUAUGAAAUUAUGAACAGGGCAAACACGGACCCUUGGACCUACCGUAGGUGGGACUAUAUGCCUAGGAGGAGUAAACAUCCGCUGUUGACCGGUCACAUCCAAUAGAUGUAACUGCGAUAUUCAUAGAAAUCAGAAAAGUAUGGUCGUCCUACCAAUGAUAAUUAUGUAUGCAUUUAUUUCCCAUUGCAAUUUUAGCAUUGACAUCAUUUGAUUUCCUUAUGUUAACACAUAUAAAUAAGAGUAAUCUAGAUAUCUGAUUUUGUUCCUGCUAUACAGUGAUACAGGUUGUUCCACCGCACACCGUGAACCCUAACAUGGCGUGGAUGACUAUGAUAAUCCUUAUGGUAAACAGUUUUGGAAUUUACUACAGCGAAGGUUCAGAUUCCAGGCACAAAAUUUCCAAAAGCAUAACUUUACAUCAAUCCCAGGAAUCAUCCAUUAAAUCACCGGGGUAUCCCACAAAGCAUUACGAGAAAGACACAGUCUACAUAUGGACCGUGACGGCCCCGGGAACCACGGAGGAGAUCACUAUCAAUAUAUUAGAUCUGGAUAUUCAAUACACUCCAGGAAUCCCUUGUGACGACUAUUUGAAGAUACAAGACACAGAUGAUGAGAACUUUGCAAUAUCCAAGCAAUGCGAGAAACCAUGGCGUAAAACUGUUGUUGCUAAAGGAAACAAAUUGAAGAUAACGCUCUUUUCUAAUUAUGACCGUCUUACAGGAAAGGGAUUUAAUCUAAUUUUGAGAGUCACUAAAACAAAGCCAACAACAACACAACCAACAACCAAAGGCAUUCCAACCACUACUCCAGUACCCAUGACGUCACCAACAUCGGUGCAAACUACAACGAAACAUUUAGAUUUAAAUUUAUCAUCAACGAACAUGGGAUCACUAAAAACAAACGUGACAACUCUGACGACAUCAAUAACGACAACAGCAAUGAAAACAGCGACAGCAACGACGAAAACGUCGACGAUAUUACUGACGUUGACAUCAGAAAAAACAAUACCGACAAUGACACCCACAAACACUCCAACAUUAUCGACAGCAAAUGAAGUCCUAAAUAAUGCAUCGUCAACACGAAAUGCAACAACGGUAAUCUCUACAACUGUUAGCGCAUCAUUUCCUUCUGGAACAUUUAUAUCAAGCCGUUCCACACAGCAUUCAUCAGUCCAAUCAAUAACGAAUUCUACUCCUACUCAGUCUUUUACCCCUCUCCAAAUGAAUGAGACAACCAUCAUAUCCUCAUCAGCCGGAGGUUCAACAACGGCAGUUCAAGCUGUAGGAAAUGCAACGAAGACGACUCAAACGUCAACGGAGUCUGAAACGACAUCGACAGCAUUUUUCCAAGAAGAAACAUUGUUACUGGUUUUGGCGAUAGCAGUUGUGGAGAUGACAGUGCUUGUCAUUGGUGUUUUAGCUGUGCGAAGACAAAGACAAAAACGAGUUACUAUAACCAGGAGACCCAUCGAAGGAAAUAAUCGUCCAGUCUCUAGAAAGACAAUUUAUAGCAUGCCGAAUGUGUACGACGUCAUCCCAUUCGAUGAAGUAGACGAUUCGGACGAGGAAAACCCAUAUAAAGAUCUCCAAGAUGGCGUUUAUGAUACGACAUUCAAACGACGAUCUCGUCUAUCCGGAAAACCGAAUCGCGAUGAUUCCAGAGGAAGUUACUUUUCUCAUUUUCUUCGAAAUUCCAAAAUUUUUGGGAGUUGGAAAUUGAAAGAAAAUCAGCCGAUGGAAAUGAAAACAUUUAGAGGCUAACAAAAGCAAAGCAAAAGAUUUUAUUCAUUUGCUGUAGCAGAUAGAGCUCGGAAAGCUGAAGAGACAACAUAGUAACCUAAUCAUUAACAAUGUAGACAAAACAGACAUAAAAGAAACAUACGCAAUACGUGCGUCUUACCACGACAAGGCACUCUUACAGAUCGAAUUUCCUCUGUCUAAUUUUAGAGCGUUGAAGUUAUUAAAUAUGGGGUAUCCCGUUUUUGCUGACCAAAUUACCAUGAAUAAGCAACCAUUCCGUUGUCUGCUGGUCUUCUGACGAAUUUCAAUGUGACGUUUAGGUUUUAAAACUCAUAUUUAGCCUAGUCUGUAUGUAUGAAAACAAAAUUACGCCAUUUGGAGCGUACAACACACCCAGACAAGUGAGGAUUUCAAUUUGUUACAUGCGCCCCCUUCGGCAGAAUUACUGGUUGUAUGUGGCCAUGACAAGACAAAACCGGAACCAGUAUCCUUCAACCUAAAUAUGAUUAGUAUGCCCUGGUGGUUACUUUUAUAUGACAUUCUAAGUUACCCUCCAUUCUUCUCUUUCAUUGCCUCUACUGUAAUUCAAAUUUCAUUUACAGUGCAUUAUGAAGAUUCGCAUCAGGUCCGUGUAUUGUUUUUCACUAAAGGAUCUGUUGAAUUGCUCUUGAAUAAUAAGCAUAUUGAAUAGCCAGUUAAUUACCAUGAACAUGUACUCUGUAGUAUGAAUAUACUCAUGUAAGUACUCAUGAAAGUACUCAUGAGUAGCUUUACGUAGACCUGGCUUAUCCUUUGCUACAUGUAUUUUGUACAUAUCAAAAUGUAUUUACUUAUGUAAUGUAAAUAUUUAUCGCUUUUCAGGAGGAAGAGUCAGAUUUUCAAAACAACUUUUUAUAUCCUUUUUUCAAGUUAGUCCUUUUGAUAAAUAGAAGACAGGACAGGAGAAGGAGAAAGAGAAGAGAUGUAUGAGAAAGAGAGAGAAUGAGGUAGAUAGAGGGAGAUAAGAAAAAGGAGAGAUAGGGGGGUGAAAUGGAGGGUAAAACAAAAGAGACAGUACUAGUACAUGUAUCUAACACCUUCCGAUGUCUCUUUGUGUCGUAUCUGCAACAUAUAUAUCAAUUGUACAUGUAUCGUAAUGUACUAAUGUCUUGUUACUUCAGAAAUUCCAAAACAUUAAAUUAGAUGAAUACACGCAGUCUAGCUUGUUUAUUUUGAUAAUUGUAAUUCCUGUCCACGUCCCUGAAAUGUUUCCUUGUAAUGAUUGCUAGGUCUCCAUUAUACAGCCUCAGUAUUCCAUACUAUACAAUUAUUGACUUUAGGCAUCGGUCAACCAAUAAGCGAUUAUUAAAUGAUCGGGAAUUCCAUAACAAUUUUCACAAUAUUUUUUUUUGUUCCUUCAACAAAUAAAACAUAUGUAUCAUGAUACACUAUAACAAUAUUUCAACAGACAAACCAACAAAUUGUAAUAAUAAUAAAAGGUAUUCAUAAUGUGUAAUGUUCUUGUAUAUAUUUUUAUUUUCAUGCUAAGUAUUCCCUAGAUUUAUUUUCCUUUACAUCUUCAAGAGUUAUUUUCCCUGAUAGUGUGAAUUAGUUAUCUUUCUAUUCUAAAAGAGUUAAUGUUUACUUCCUGUUUACUUGUUUUGUGUGUGACCCACACCACCGUUCACUCUGAGCUCCUCAGAUGUUCAUUCGUUUACAGGCACACAGUGUAAGUACAUUGUAAUAUUUGUGCAUAUUUAUUGUUGUAUAUAUCAUUACAAUGUGUAUCAUUUGCUAUAAUUAAGAAUUUAGGCUGUAUCAGUAAUUCUCUCAUUCACUCUUAAAAGUAUUGAAAACAAUUAUUGUCAAAAACUUUAUAUGUAUAAAAGUACGGUUCUAACAGUGUUUCUAUGGAAAGCCAUUUGUGUUAUAAAUACAAAUUUUGGGCUUAUAUUGUUACUUUUUGAUAGUUCUUCAGGCUUUAUUAUUAUGAUUACCAAUUUCUCAUGUUUUCAUUGUAUUCAAUUACAUAUACAUAUAUAUAUAGCUAUCACAAAUGUUUUGUGAAUUAAUUAUUAAUUAGAGCAUGCAUGUUUCUUUGUUACAGUCUUUUACGCAUAUGUACAUGUACAUCGUCUAGAACUAGCACUGUGCACUUCGAAAGCAAUAAAGUCUACUGA